AUCAAAAUCUGUAAUAAGUGAACUGAGAGUGUGCGUUCACAGAGCCAUCGCAAUGGCGGAGUCGAAGACCGUACACUCGCCUUUCCUGACCUACUUUUCCAUGUCAUCUCUUGUCACGCUUUGUCCUCCAUUCGUCAUCCUCCUAUGGUAUACAAUGACACAAGCAGACGGGUCUGUUUUACAGACUUGGGAUUAUUUGAAACAGAAUGGGCUGCAAGGAUUUCUUAACAUAUGGCCCAGACCCACCGCUACGGCUUGGAAAAUAAUUGGUGUCUAUGCUGCAUUUGAAGCGGCACUUCAACUUCUUUUACCUGGUAAAAGGGUCGAGGGCCCCAUAUCUCCUACUGGAAACCGACCUGUGUACAAGGAAAAUGGUGUGGCAGCAUAUGUGGUGACAUUGAUUACUUAUCUUGGCCUCUGGUGGUUUGGAAUAUUCAACCCAACCAUUGUGUAUGAUCACUUGGGGGAGAUAUAUUCAGCACUCAUUUUCGGGAGUUUUGUCUUCUGUAUUUUCUUGUACUUGAAAGGCCAUUUUGCUCCUUCUUCUACUGAUUCUGGCUCAUCUGGGAACAUAAUUAUCGAUUUCUACUGGGGUAUGGAGCUCUAUCCACGAAUCGGGAAAACCUUUGACAUAAAAGUUUUUACAAAUUGCAGAUUUGGAAUGAUGUCUUGGGCUGUUCUUGCGCUGACCUAUUGCAUAAAGCAGUACGAGGAAACUGGGAAAGUGGCUGACUCAAUGCUUGUAAACACUGCAUUAAUGCUGGUGUAUGUUAGCAAGUUUUUCUGGUGGGAAUCUGGAUAUUGGAACACAAUGGAUAUUGCUCAUGACCGAGCGGGUUUUUAUAUUUGCUGGGGCUGCUUGGUGUGGGUUCCAUCUGUUUAUACAUCUCCUGGAAUGUACCUUGUCAACCAUCCUGUAAAUCUUGGAACUCAGCUUGCAAUCUUUAUUCUUGUGGCUGGCAUUCUCUGCAUAUACAUCAACUAUGAUUGUGAUAGGCAAAGGCAAGAAUUUCGUCGCACGAAUGGAAAAUGCUUAGUCUGGGGAAAACCUCCAUCAAAGAUAGAGGCCUCCUAUACCACCACUACUGGAGAAACAAAAACCAGCAUUCUUUUAACAUCUGGGUGGUGGGGUUUAUCUCGUCAUUUCCAUUAUGUCCCAGAAAUACUUUCUGCUUUCUUUUGGACAGUUCCUGCUCUAUUCAAUCAUUUGUUGCCUUACUUCUAUGUCAUAUUUCUUACCAUCCUUCUCUUUGAUCGAGCGAAAAGGGACGAUGAUCGGUGUAAAUCCAAGUAUGGUAGAUACUGGAAACUCUAUUGCAACAAGGUGCCUAAUAAAAUCAUUCCGGGAAUCUACUAAAGGAGUAUGUUGAUUUAGGAUUUUACUUCAACCUUAUCCACUGUGUUCUUAAGGAUGCCAUGUGUGCCUACUUUGUUCACCUCUUUGCCCUUGCUCCUAUAUCACAUUCCAACGCGAGGAUUGUGGAACUUUCAUUACUGGGGCUUCAAUGAGAGUUAACUUGAAUGAUUAGUUGUGUCUUAUCUGGUUAAACGAAAUUGCAGUUGCAAAGGUUUACGUACGUUUGAAUUAGUUUUUAGUCCAAAAAAAAUUUUAAUGGUCCUUUUUAGCAUUGCGUUUUUGAAAGAUACAUUUUGAUGCAUAUAUGAUUGCUAGAAAAUCAACUUAA